GUGAACACGACAGCGUAACUUACAGCGGUUCCCUCACUUCUCCAAUUAACUACGUUCACGUUUAUUAUUAGCCAGCAUAAGUUGAUGAGCCGCGAGGGAGGUGGCUUCGCGUUUACCGUCGCCGCGAGCGCAGCUCACUCGUUUCAGUAGUGCGCCUGACGCGCGCCGGAGCGCACAGCCGGUCUCUCCACGAGCGACUUCAGAGAGAACUACCGCGCGAACUCACUUCAGCGGCGCGUCUCCGCUUCGUCGCGUCACAAUAAAGCGCUGCUUCGCGAAACGCACGGCAUGGUGACCGAGAGGAACGGAGGGAUUCUCUCUCCUGCGUCUUCAGCGGAGCUUCGGCGCUGAAUGAAACCGUCUGCGAAAUUAGCUGUCAAAGGCGCAGAUGUGCGGAGAGUGGAGAAAGUAGAGCCGUUUAGCGACUAUCGACAAACUUCUGCUGCUCUGACUGACAUCGACACGUCAUGGCAUCGGUGUCGUGGAGACACGCGCUCUUCUUCUCGCUUGUUGUGAAUCUGUCCGUGCUGGCGACAGCAUGCAGCAGUCAGUAUGGAAAUGCCAUUGAGGAGUUCUGCCUGGCCAAGUUCAAGCUGGACAUGGAGGUUCUCGAUCAGCGCCAGUGGUGCAGCUGGGAGGACACAGUUGAGUCAUAUGGAGAACUGACCAACUGCACGUUCCUGGUGGCUCUGAAGAUGAACUGUUUCUGGCCCAACCGCAUGGUGGACGAAUUCUUCAUCCGGGUGCACAGGCACUACUUCCGUGACUGCUCAAUGUCUGGACGGCUGCUUCACGAUCCACCCAAUCGGAUCUUGGGGCCUUUUAUCGUGGUGCCCAUUCUGGUGACGCUGCUCAUGACUGCUCUUGUGGUCUGGAGGAGUAAACGCAGCGAGGGAAUCGUAUAAUCAUCUACGAAAAAAACUGAACAAUACAGAAGGGGAUUUUUCACAGACUGCAAACACAAAGAAAGACUUGUUUCUCAUCAAGUGGUUGUAAAUCCAAACGGUUGUAGUGAACGCUGUCACUCUUAUCUGCACACAGAUAACAUACCAGUCAUUUAUACAGACAGAAACAUUUCUUUGAGGUAGUUUUCAACUAAGUAUUUUGUCAUGGCAGUAUUCUGUCAGUAAAACUGAUCUCCAGUCUGGAGGUCUGGAAGUCAUUAUCGUGAUGACGGAUACGUUUCACCUCGGAUGGACACACACCAAACUAGGGAGGACACUGUUAAUCCCACGAGUUUGCAAACCUUUACCAUCUUGUGAACAUUGGACACUGAACAAUCCCUUUGCGUCACCCAUCAUCCUCGGUGAAUUUCACACUCAUAAAUGUGCUUUGUGCCAAAUGAUGACAUUCAUUCAGUCAGUCAGUCAUUAUUAGUGUACUUUUGUUGAAUUAAGAAAGACGAGGAAGAAAGGAAGAGGGCUACAACCACGAACAUGCCAAUGAUAUUCACAUUAUUAUUAUUAUUAAUCCCUAAAAUGAACAUCACCAUCGGAUAUUGUAAGACACUCAAAAAGCUGUAAAAAAAUCUUAAGGUCUAAACUGAAUGUAUCUUUCAUACAAUAGUCAAUCUCACGAUGCAUUGCUUCAUCAAAAAAAAGUAUCCAAGAUUUUGGAGAGAUGUGAUCAAUUUGCUUCAUUUAAGUACUGAAAGAAAUCAAUAAAAACCUUUAAAUUACAAUCAAAAAUUGACUAUUGGACACAAUGUGUGGUGUAUAUAGUGCAGACCAACAACAGCAUCUCUGAGAAAACCAACUCUCCGUCUGUCAGUGCAGAGUAAAUUCGGCUAAAGACUGCGUCUUUUUGUUUUAAAUCAGAAUAGAAUGCUAUUAGGGACAAUGUGCUAUACUGCGUUGCAUUUAACCUUUUACUUGCUUAAAAGUCAAAAGUGUUCGGUUCAGUGUUAUCAUGAAAAGCCCCAAUUGUGUAACUCUCUGCCGAAGAGAUAAGACAUCUACAGUAUAUACUGCAGACAACAGACAGUCAGGCGGCUCAUCGGGUUCUGGAUCAGAGCCGCAGUGCUUUGUGCUAACAGUGGCUAUCAGAUACUAUUAGAAGCACUGAACCAGAAAGGAUCACUGCAUUUAUUUGGUGUCUCUCAUCUCAUGGGCUCUCGUCAUAAGGUCAUGUCGAGGGAAAAUAUUGUCUUUCUGUAGCGGAGAGCAACCUACCGGCUAAGAAGCUUGCAGCCUUUUUUGUGGAAUAAUUCAUAUAUUAGCACUAAAAGGAUGUUUUCAUUCGCAUGGUUCUGCUAAUUGCUUUUUAAGCUAUAUCUGUGUAUCUCUGGAGCUCUGUACCCACAGUGAGUGGUUUAAAAGCCUGUAGCGAACUGGACAGUGGCGCAGAGACGGUAGACUUUUCUAAUGUCAGCUGAAUUUCAAAGCAUCUGAUUUCUGUUGCCGUUAUAAUAAAGCCGUUAUAAUAAUUUUCCCUCAUUUGAGAUUUGCUUUGUAACGCAUCAUGUGCUGUCAGGAGAACAAAGAGUGACAAAGGUAGCCAUGUGGUCUUGAGUCACCAAAAUUUAGCUGUUAAAUUACAGCAGAUCAGAUAGAGCAUAGUAGUUACUAAACUAGUUUGAUGUCUGUUACAUGAUUUUGAUGUCUCUGCAUUUUGUAGCAAGAAGGAUGUUCAAGUGUUCAUGUGCUGUGUUCUUUUUACUUUCAACUUAAUUCUGUAAUGCCAUUAAAAAAAAAAAAAAAGAAAUUAUUGUAAAUAACUGCCUGCAUCACCAAUGCAUCACAAUUUUAUAAUGCGAAUUUGAAACCUAAAUCAGUACUCCAUUAAAAAAAAAAAAGAAAAGACACGAAGGAAAGAACUCAAAUG